CUUUCAUCCCUUUGCUGUCACAUCUGCUGGGUGAGAAGAUGAAGCACAGACAGGCUGCUGUCCUGCUCCUCAUGCAAAGCAUGAUUGCUCUGGCUGGAACAGCAUCAACAGCAGAACUGUUCCCUCAUCUCGGUACAACACUUCUGGAUGCAACUCAGCAUAUCAAGACAACCAGUGAUCUGCACACUCCCCCAAAACUCUUUACCAAUGUGUCUGGCUCUGUGGAUGAUGAGGGAACUUGUCAGUGCUCUGUAUACUUGCCAGAUACCACCUUUCCAGUCCAGAAGGCUGAGCGAUUGGAAAUCAUCGCCGCAGAGCUCACAGAGAAAUUUGAGAGAGAGCUUUCUCAGGUCAGAGAGUACUCAAACAGGAUUGAGCUGUAUCAGCAGAAAAUCCUUAAUCUGACCAUCAGAGUGGAGCAUAUGGAGAUGGGCAGCGUAUCUUACACAGAACUGGACUUCGAGUUGCUGAAAAUGGAAAUCAGUGACCUCAACAAACUGGUCACUCAGCUGAAACCCAGCCUUGCUGGAAGCAGCAUCAUCGUUGAGCAAAUAUAUUUGGAGAUCACAAAUCUGACUAUCCUGGUAAAUGAACUAGAAUCACUGGACAAAAACAACAUCCUUGCAAUCCGUCGACAAAUUGCGUCUCUGCAGAAUCGAUUGAAAGAGUGUGAAGAGAGCAAAAACCAAACCACACUACCCCCUUAUUUCCCACCAGGUAGCUGCAUUCACCGUGGACUGCUGAAUGUUAGCCAGCCCUAUAUUGUAAAGCUGAACUGGAGAGGCUUUUCCUACAAAUAUGGUUCCUGGGGUAGAGAUUACUCUCCCUCUAACCCAGAGAAAGAGGUCUAUUGGGUUGCACCACUGAACACAGAUGCCAGAUAUUUGGAAUACUACAGAAUUUAUGCUUCCUUUGAAGAUUUGCUGCUGUUUAAACCCUUGUAUGAAAGCAGAGUAACAUAUGGGGAAGGAAGUGGUGGUGCCCUUUAUAAUAAUUAUUUGUACUAUAAUGCUGCUUAUAGUUCAAGAUAUAUGGUGAAGCAUAAUUUAAAAACAAACAGCAUGGUUUUGCAAAAGGAGCUUCCAAAUGCUGCUACUGGUAACCGUUUCUCUUAUGCUGGUGUGUCAUGGCAAGCCAUAGAUUUUGCUGUGGAUGAAAGUGGGUUAUGGGUAAUAUAUUCGACAGAAAAUAGCAUGGGCAACAUUGUGAUUAGCAAACUCAAUGACACCACACUUGAUGUGCUAAAUACUUGGCAGACAAGACAGUACAAGCCAUCUGUUUCCAACGCGUUCAUGGUAUGUGGUGUUCUGUAUGCCACGAGGCCAGUGAACACUAGGCAAGAGGAAAUCUUCUACAUGUAUGACACAAAUACUGGCCAAGAAGGUAGGAUUAGUGUCAUUAUGGAUAAAAAACUAGAUACGAUCCAGAGCAUUGAUUAUAGCCCCACAGAUCAGCAACUGUAUGUGUACAAUGAUGGUUACCUUCUCAGAUAUGAUAUUACCUUUCAGCCUUAUCUCAGUGACAUAAGCAUGGGAUAAAGCUGGCAGGAACUAAAAUGAGAGUCCAGAAGGUCUUUAAACAAUGUUAUUGCCAGUUUAAGGUUCAUCUGGUCUCAUAUGCUCUAUCUGUGGGUGCUAUAUAUAUUACUUAUACUCUUUAAAGGAAUUGCCUACUCUGGUUGGUAGUAUUGCUGGCAGCAGUGUCUGGCAGUACUGCAUUUAGGCUUUGAUUGGUGUUUAAUUGGUGCUUGGUGCUUUACUAUUAUCCUGCCUCUAAGGGUAGAUUUACUGCAUAGAUUUAGUGCAUUUUGUUCACAAAAAUUGAUAGGCACAGCCUAUUUGCUGAGCGAGAAGCUAAUUACCCACUGAUAUGCAUUUGUCAGUGUAACAUUGGCAAGGCACCCAGAAACUGUGAAUGAAUUUUCACUGAUCUUCAAUGGAGUGAAUUGAUGGCCUCGGAGAAAUUAAUCAAAGGAUUAAAAUAGUAUAGGAAGUAGACUUGGUUGGAAGGCAGCAACACAUUUGUUAGAUGGAGGUAGCAGUUUCUGGCUCAAAGCUUCAGGGAAGAGGGUAGAAAUGCUCCUUGCUGUUCGAAACUCUUCCACAGGUAGAGGGGAGAAGGCACUGAGGCAGGGACAGAGCUUGCUGCCCUUGCUGUCACUGAUGAGCUGGGACAGAGGUUUCUGUGACCACACCUGUAGCCACCUCCCCUUACCUCACCUCUCUCAAGCUGCCACAGCACCAGGCUGGCUUUCCAGCAUGACUACAGGAGAAAAACUGGCAGUAGGGCUUUCACCAACCUUCUUUUUGCACCAUUCUGCUGCUCUUAGUAACUCCCUAUGCCUAGACCUGGCUUUUCAAAGGAUCUUAUUGCAAUCUAGCCAGGUUUUGCAGUUAUGAUGACUCCUGUAUCUUGGCAGUGCAGUGCAAGAAACUUUGUUUUCCUUUCCUUUAUGUUCUGGUAGGUUGAUGCAAAUCUUCUUGUUUACUUUAUUGAGCAAGGGUGGUUUUAGGUAUAUACCAUGCUUUGCAGUAGAAUGGCAGCCAUGUUAUUUAAUGUGACUC